AAAGCCUCGCAUUGACGCGGGCCCGCGCGUGAGUCAAGCCUGCGUCACGGCGCCCCGCCGCCAGGGUGGCCUUUCGGAAAGCGAGGGAACAGCGCGCGCUGCGCUCCGCCCAGCUUCGUUCCGCUCCGCAGAGCCCGGCGUGACCAGGCUCCGACUUCUGCAACCCCACGCGCUCCCUCUGCCGCUGCACCUGGGUUCCCGGACCGCUUCCCGGAGCACUGAGCGAGCCGCGGGCGGGAGCUGGGCCGGGACCAGCGGCGAGGGAGGGAGCGAGCGAGAAGCCAGCAGAGUCGCGGACGCGCGGCUCCGGGUGCCCUCCCAGCCCCGGCCCCUGCCGGUCGCCGCCAGACUCCAGCUGACUGUGGGAGGGGCCGUGCGCCCGCCACCCGUCGGGGACCGCAGGUGCUCCGUGGGAGUGCAGGGGGUCCAGUCCGCGCGACGGUUCACGCGGGACAGGUCCCGAAUGAGAAGGAGCUGACCACAGCCGAGUCCCGCCUUCUCUGCGCGCCGGGCAGCAGGGCCGCACGGCCCCGGUGGUACCGAUGCCGAAGAACAGCAAGGUGACCCAGCGCGAGCACAGCAACGAGCAUGUCACGGAGUCGGUGGCCGACCUGCUGGCCCUGGAGGAGCCCGUGGACUACAAGCAGAGCGUCCUGAAUGUGGCGGGCGGGGUGGGCGGCAAGCAGGCGGUGGACGAGGAGCUGGACGCCGAGGACCGGCCGGCCUGGAACAGCAAGCUGCAGUACAUCCUGGCCCAGAUCGGCUUCUCCGUGGGCCUCGGCAACAUCUGGAGGUUCCCCUACCUGUGCCAGAAAAACGGAGGCGGUGCCUACCUGGUGCCCUACCUGGUGCUGCUGAUCAUCAUCGGGAUCCCGCUCUUCUUCCUGGAGCUGGCGGUGGGCCAGAGGAUCCGCCGGGGCAGCAUUGGUGUGUGGCACUACGUGUGCCCCCGCCUGGGGGGCAUCGGCUUCUCCAGCUGCAUCGUCUGCCUCUUCGUCGGGCUGUAUUACAACGUGAUUAUCGGGUGGAGCAUCUUCUACUUCUUCAAGUCCUUCCAGUACCCGCUGCCCUGGAGCGAGUGCCCUGUCGUCAGGAAUGGGACCGUGGCAGUGGUGGAGACCGAGUGUGAGAAGAGCUCAGCCACCACCUACUUCUGGUACCGAGAGGCCCUGGACAUCUCCAACUCCAUCUCCGAGAGCGGCGGCCUCAACUGGAAGAUGACCCUGUGCCUCCUCGUGGCCUGGACCAUUGUGGGCCUGGCCGUCGUCAAGGGCAUCCAGUCCUCAGGGAAGGUGAUGUAUUUCAGCUCCCUCUUCCCCUACGUGGUGCUGGCCUGCUUCCUGGUCCGGGGGCUGCUGCUGCGAGGCGCCAUCGACGGCAUCCUGCACAUGUUCACCCCCAAGCUGGACAAGAUGCUGGACCCGCAGGUGUGGCGGGAGGCGGCCACGCAGGUCUUCUUCGCCCUGGGGCUGGGUUUCGGGGGUGUCAUCGCCUUCUCCAGCUACAACAAGCAGGACAACAACUGCCACUUCGACGCCGCCCUGGUGUCCUUCAUCAACUUCUUCACCUCGGUGCUGGCCACCCUUGUGGUGUUUGCUGUGCUGGGCUUCAAGGCCAACAUCAUGAACGAGAAAUGCGUGGUCGAGAAUGCUGAGAAAAUCCUGGGGUACCUCCACACCAACGUCCUGAGCCGGGACCUCAUCCCCCCCCACGUGAAUUUCUCCCACCUGACCACCAAGGACUACGCGGAGAUGUACAAGGUCAUCAUGACCGUGAAGGAGGACCGUUUCCCAGCCCUGGGCCUCGACCCCUGCCUGCUGGAGGACGAGCUGGACAAGUCCGUGCAGGGCACAGGCCUGGCCUUCAUCGCCUUCACCGAGGCCAUGACGCACUUCCCCGCCUCCCCGUUCUGGUCCGUCAUGUUCUUCCUGAUGCUCAUCAACCUGGGCCUGGGCAGCAUGAUCGGGACCAUGGCCGGCAUCACCACGCCUAUCAUCGACACCUUCAAGGUGCCCAAGGAGAUGUUCACAGUGGGCUGCUGUGUCUUUGCAUUCUUCGUGGGGCUGUUGUUCGUCCAGCGCUCCGGAAACUACUUUGUCACCAUGUUUGACGACUACUCGGCCACCCUGCCGCUCACCCUCAUUGUCAUCCUCGAGAACAUCGCCGUGGCCUGGAUCUAUGGAACCAAGAAGUUCAUGCAGGAGCUGACGGAGAUGCUGGGCUUCCGGCCCUACCGCUUCUACUUCUACAUGUGGAAGUUCGUGUCUCCCCUGUGCAUGGCCGUGCUCACCACGGCCAGCGUCAUCCAGCUGGGGGUCACGCCCCCGGGCUACAGCGCCUGGAUCAAAGAGGAGGCCGCCGAGCGCUACCUGUAUUUCCCCAACUGGGCCAUGGCCCUCCUGAUCAUCCUCAUCCUGGUGGCCACCCUGCCCAUCCCCGUGGUGUUCGUCCUGCGGCACUUCCACCUGCUGUCCGACGGCUCCAACACCCUCUCCGUGUCCUACAAGAAGGGCCGCAUGAUGAAGGACAUCUCCAACCUGGAGGAGAACGAUGAGACCCGCUUCAUCCUCAACAAGGUGCCCAGCGAGGCGCCCUCCCCCAUGCCCACGCACCGCUCCUACCUGGGGCCCGGCGGCACGUCGCCCCUGGAGCCCGGCGGGGACCCCAACGGACGCUAUGGGAGCGGCUACCUCCUGGCCAGCACCCCCGAGUCAGAGCUGUGACCGCCGGCCCCCAGCACCGCCCGCCUCCCCUCCACACCCAGCCAGCCCCCGCCCCAGCCUGUUCGCCCCUCCCCAGAGAGGGGUCCACCCUGACUCGUCCCCCACCCCAGUCCCAGCUGAUUCUGCUCCCCAGACCUAGGUGGGGGCCGCACCAUCUAAGCCUCUGAGAUCUCCCCAGAUGGUGGCCAUGUAAUUGGAAUAAUCCUGAAGUUCUGAUUCCCAGCACAGGGGAGACUCCAAGUGACCACUUUUGGGGUUACUUCGCCCUCCUCCUCUCCCCCUAACCUGCUGCCUACAGUUCUGAGGUCUCGGAGUCCCUCUGUGCUGCCGGGCGGUGGUGCUGGCGACAGGCACGGCAGGCGGGUGGGGUGCCCCAGAGGCUGCCGGACUGAAGGCUGGAGAUGGGGCGGGCAUGUCUGCACCCGGGGCUCAGGCGUGGGGUGGUAUGAGGCACACGGCGCCCCGACAGCAGAGGGAUAAGGGGGCGCCCCCACCCCCAACUCCAGGUGCGAUCUCUGGUGUCCUGGGUUCUGCCUGGGAGGGUGAUGGCGAGGCCGGAGCCUGCCUACCUCCGUGAGGGCUUCGCCAUCUCCCUGUCCCCUCCCCACCCCCAGCCCCACCCUGGAGCCCGGAGUGGCGGCCCCUGCUUUCCCCCGAGGUUUCCAGAGCACACGUGCCCACAGCACAAUUCAGAUGGUGGGCAGCACGGCUGCAAAGCACAUCCCCUCACUCCCCCGGGGCCCCUGCUCUCUCUCUAGCGGCAGCUCCUCCCCUGGAGCGGGGUCCCCGGGGUUCUGGGGCCCACGCCCAGGAUGCCCGGCACCUGGGCAGAGAAUUCCACUGCCCCUCUGGGCCGCCCCUCACCCUCUGUUGUGUGAGCACAGCUUCCCGGGUGCCUGUCGUGGACAGACGCCUCGGGAACCUUUCCCAAACCACCCCGCCCACGUGGACCAGGGCCACAGGCAUUGCUGUGGACCCUGCAGGUUGCCCGGGGUGGGGUGUGCUGGGUCUCUGUCCUGGGGCGCAGCCCCCCAGCAUUCCUCACCCCAACUCUUACCUUCUGGCUGACCUUGGAGUACGGCUGCCCUAAGAGUAAGGCUGGGAGGGAUGGAUGGACCAAUGGAAGGAUGGAUAGAUGAGUGGGUGAUGGAUGGGUGAUGGAUGGGUAGCUGGGCGGGGGGAUGGAUGGAUGAUGGAUGGAUGGAUGGAUGGGUGAUGGAUGAAUGAUGGAUGGGCAGGUGGAUUGGUGGAUGGAUGGGUGGUGGGUGGGUAGGGAGGUGGGGGGAUGGAUGGAUGAUGGAUGGAUGGAUGAUGGAUGGGCAGGUGGAUUGGUGGAUGGAUGAGUGAUGGGUGGAUGGAUGAUGGAUGGGUGGGUGGAUGAUGGAUGGGCAGGUGGAUUGGCGGAUGGAUGAGUGAUGGAUGGAUGGAUGGAUGGAUGAUGGGUGGAUGGAUGAUGGAUGGGCAGGUGGAUUGGUGGAUGGAUGAGUGAUGGAUGGAUGGAUGGAUGAUGGGUGGAUGGAUGAUGGAUGGGCAGGUGGAUUGGCGGAUGGAUGGGUGAUGGAUGGGUAGGGAGGUGGGGGUGGAGGAUGGAAGGUAGGAGGGAGGGCAGACUGGCUGGCACAGCAAACCUCUGAGAGCUGUGGCAGGAAGGGAGGGGACAGGCCACAUCGCUAGGCCUGGGCGCCUGGACAGAGGGUCCUGAGUCACUGGUGGGGGUGGGGACAGACUAGACCCAGGGCUCCCUCCUCCCCUCCGUAGUCCCUUGCCCACUCCCUUGCCUGGGGAGCCAUCCCCCAUCCCGCCAUUUUCCUUACCCACCCCUCCCUCCCUCCCCCAUUUCUGGCCCUCUCAGCCCCACCCACCUCCCCGACCUGAGGGGAGAGGAGAGACCCAGGUCUCCCCAGAGACCCCAGCCUUUGGAGCACAACGUCCCGCCUCAGGCCCUCUCGCCCGGCAGCACCCCCUCCGUGGCCCCAAGCCCAGUCCCAGCCUAUUUAGCAACAGGAGAGGCCAGGCCCCAGGAGAGACACCCCACUAUACAUCCUCCUCCGUGUACCCCACUUCUGUUGUGUAGUCAGUCUGGACAUGGGGGUGUCCGUGCUAUCAAUGACAACCCCGAUAUUAUCCUGCGGCUGGCGGACUCUCUCCAUCCUCAAUGCUGUACAGAUCUAUUUUCAUUGUAUAUCUAAUAUAUUUUUAAUUUUGUAGCUUGUGGCUGGGCCAGGCCCCAGCCCACCAGCCUGCCUCGGGGACUGAGCAGGGCAGCCGCUUGGUCCCUCGGGCUGGGGGUGCGCCUGGCCCGUCCCGGCUGUGUCUGCUGUGUUAGCCGUAGGGCUCGGAGCUUGCGUGUGUGUGUGCGCGUGUGCGUGUGUAGCGUGUGCACCUACGUGCGUGUGGCUGUGUGUAGGGUGCUGACUUGUGGACCCCGGUGUUUACCGUGCCCCCGAAGACCCCGCCGCCCUCCUCGCCUCCCCCUCCUCCUCUCAGUCAGGCCUCGGGCCCAGCCUGCCGGAAGCCCCCUGCCUGGGCAAGGCGGGCUCUCCUUGCCGGGGACCUGUUGCCUUCGUACCGCAGGGAAGGAGGGACCUGCUGAGGCCAGGGGAGCCCCCGCAUUUAUUUUCCAGUCAGCCUCCUGCUGUCUCCACCAGAGUCCCAAGUUCUUCGUCCCGAGGAAAAUCCUGGGCUCCUUGAGGUGGUGCGGCCCCAGGAAGGCCUCUCACAGCACCCGGGCCCUGCGUGUGUCUCUGGGACAGUCCCGACCGAGUUCAGAAGGGAGCUGGGUGCGCCCGGCCCCUGGGCUGCUGGCAUGCACACCUACGCCCAGUCCUCAGGGGGCUGGAGGCGGGGCAGGUCCAGGGCAGGUGGGGCCUUUGACGAGGUGAGAUCCAGCCCCAGGUUUCCCGGGGGGAGCAGGAGGCAGCACCACAUCCCUGUGCAGGGUCCCCGCCCACCCCGGCUGUGGUGCUGUCCCGCAGCACCCACGGGAGACAGUGGGCUCCAGGGCAGGGCGUGCCUGAGACUCCCCUGCUCCCUGCCCUGUGGCCCGGUCACCAGCGUAGUGCUCAGGGAGCCGUCUCCGCUGCGGCAGCUGGAAGCCCAGGUGGGUCCGGACAGGCGGGGCGCACAGGUCGAUGCCAGUGAGGCCGGCCUUGCCCUUCGGCCAUGAAUCUGUAGAGAUGGCCCCUUCGCUAGCGCCAGGGGAAGCCGAGAGGCUGGGGCCGGGGGCCUGGAUGGUCCUGGACCCUGGGCAGGCCUGCAGUAUUUCGGGCUGGGGUGCCCUUCUGCCUGUCCUUACAGCUGCACCCCUGCCACCGCCCCCAGAGCGGUCCCCACGGUGGAGAAGAGGAGAGACGGGCAGGUUGGAAGGCACCUGACCCCCUGAGUGUCCACUAGGCCCCGAAACUGGGGGCCUGCUGCCCCAUCAGUGGGGCCUGGCGACUGGGGCUGCGGAAGGGGGCCCAGGGCCCCUCCUCAUCCCAAGCGCCACUUUGGACAGACCCGGUACACACCGAGAGCAUCCCUAGGUCCUGGCGCAGGUUCGAGUUUGUGUGCCCGUGGCCAGCCGGAGCCCUGGGUAGAUCAAGACCACUCAGCCCAGGGGAGGGGACGAGGUAUUGUCACCCUGGAGCCCCUCCUUCCUCUCCGCUUCCCCCAUGGUGUACAAUAAAAUGUCUGUUCUUACCAAC